AUGCUUAAGUUUAUGAAUGAUAAUGACUAUCAUGAUAUUGGGAUGAUUGGUCCAAGAUAUACUUGGUGCAAUAGUAAAGUUGGAAGUGGAAUAAUUCUAGAACGUUUGGAUAGAUGUUUGUUGAACUUAAUGGCUUUUCAAAAGAUCCAAAUUGCAAAGAUAAGACAUCUAGCAAGAUUGGCUUCGGACCACUGCCCCAUUGUGCUGAAACUUUUUGAUGCAACUAGAGGCUCGACAAGAACAUUUAAAUUUGAAGAUGUAUGGCUAUCAUUCAAGACAUCGGAACAUAUUGUGUCUAAAAUUUGGAAGAAGAAUUUUGUUGGUGAUGAUAUGGAAAUCCUGAACAAGAAAUGUAAAAGAGCUCUUAAUGAAUUAUCCCAUUGGAGCAAGAAUAAGUUUAAAGACUUCUCUAGAGAUAAAUCUAGAUUGAAGAAUGAGAUUUUAUUACUCCAAGAAGAGGAAGCUACCAAUGGUUGGUUGAUUGAUGAGAAGCUAUGGCUACUUAGAUCUAAAGUUAAAGAACUCAAUGUUAUACUCAAUUACUUGAACACUUGGGGGAAGCAAAGGGCAAAAGUGAAGUGGAUUGUUGAAGGUGAUUCAAAUACCAAAUUCUUUCAUUCGUUUGCCAAUGCUAGAAGAAAUACCAACUGGAUUUCUCAAGUUAAAAAUCUGGAAGGACACAUUACCGAAGAUCCUAUAGAUGUGGAAGAUGUUUUUUAUAUAUUCUUUCAAGAGAAAUGGAAGGAAAGAAAAUGCUGUUUAGCUAACUGA